AACUGAUGCGCGUAAGAAGGGAUGCCAGCCAGGCGUGGCUUGUGUCUGAAUAUCCAAUGUGAGAAUGCGUGGGGAGCAUGUAUAUAAUAGAGUCUUUCUAUUUGAUAAACACAGAUAUCAAACUCAUGAUUGCAGCAAAGCACCAUCAAUAAACUGAGAGGACUGCGCUGAUUUGGAGGAGCAACGGCGCGCUGCGUGGUACGCUUUUUGGCGUGCAUGGACCGGACUUCUGUGAACUUUUCUCUCCUUCCUGAAUUUACCGAUUACAUCCCAAAAUACCGUCGUUUAAUUUGACAGCUGUGCACACAAUGGCAGAGGUCGUGAGUGUUCUGGGGACGCUCGGCUUGGAUUUACAAAGCACUCUCUCUUCGGUGGGGACUAUGCCCGUAACAGAGUCCCCCAUAGGGCUGAAUGAGCGACUGGGGCAGAUUGAAGGCAGAGUGCAGCGCGGGUCGCCCACAGAUUUCGGCCACCUCAAAGGGAUCUUGAGGCGGCGGCAGCUCUACUGCAGGACCGGCUUCCAGCUAGAGAUAUUCCCCAAUGGCACAGUGCACGGGACAAGACAGGACCACAGCAGGUUUGGUAUCCUGGAGUUCAUAAGUAUAGCAGUAGGUCUGGUGAGCAUCAGAGGGGUGGACGCUGGACUCUACCUCGGCAUGAAUGAGAAAGGAGAGCUCUAUGGGUCGAAGAAGCUGACAAAAGAAUGUGUGUUCAGGGAGCAGUUUGAGGAGAACUGGUACAACACCUAUGCUUCAACUCGGUACAGGCACACGGACACGGGGCGCUUCUACUAUGUGGCUUUAAACAAAGAUGGUUCGCCCAGGGAGGGCGGCAGGACUAAAAAACACCAGAAGCUCACCCACUUCUUACCCAGACCGGUGGAGAUUGAAAAGAUCCCUCAGGAAUUCAGGGAUUUAUUCCAGUACAGGUGACCAGUGCUUACACUGGGAGAGCUGGUUAUUUCUGAAGGAACAGAGAUAAAAGAAAAAGACAAAAAUGAGGGGGCGGGGGAGGGAUAUUGCGGAUAUUUUGGACCUGGUACAGAACUGUUUACCCUCACCCCCCACCUGAGGUUACCAUGUUUGCAUCAUCUGCAGCGGACUUCAGAGAGGAGAUAAAACUCUCUUAUAAAACCCCUGUUAUCAUGGACAAAGGAGGCCCUCAUGACUGCCCAGCUGUGGCUGAAUCAGGAAAAUCAAAUCAGGUGCCAUGUUUUCUCUAUAAAUGCAUAACAGAGGUUCAUGUGUAGAUACCGAAGAGGCAAAAUGGGAGUGGUCGCUCUUGAUGGUUUUGGCCGGGACAAGGAACAGUCAAUGAGAAGUGACUUUUAGGAGCUAAGGACAUAAAUCCCUGCAUGAUGUCACAGUGUGCACACUGUUAUGGCAACAUUAAAUGUAAAGGAGAGGGAAGGAAAGCACAUUCCACAUAUACAGCAGAGAUGUGCAAACUUUGUGCUACAUGUUUGUUAAGCGGUAGUUUGGGAUAUGUGAUGAGAUUGUCUUUGAGUUAGCUACGAGCAAGUUUUGUUUCAAAUAAAAGACAAAGGAUGGGAAUAAUGUCUCCGACUCUGGGAUCAAUCGAACUGCACUUACUGCACAUCCCAAGUCUCAGCGUCACGCUCGGUUGGUCUGAGUUUAAACAUCAGAUUAAAUUCAAACAAACACAAAAAAGCUAUGGGAAUUUAAUAUGCAAAAAACAAAAGCAGUUAAGCUCGGGCUAAAAGCACUUCAUCCGACUGGGGUUGUGAAGACUAAAGAAAUGGGUGUUCUUUUUAAGGAUGAUGACUUGUAAUGUUCAGAGCAUCGGGGAACAUUAUUAAAAAUGCAAGCAGCUGAGGUGUACAUAUGGGUGUUCCUAUUUAUGAGAUGUACAAUAUAUUUAUUUUCUACAUAUAAAGUAUAAAUGUAAAUCUAUAUAUUUAUUUAUUGCAAAGACUUUAUUUUGUAAUGAACUUGAAGUUAUCUGGACUGCAGAUUCUACUGAAUUGACACCAAAAAAGGCAAACAAAAAAUGAAGAACUGCAAUGAAACGUGACAAUAAAAUUGUCCUGCUAUCGCAACGUCAUUGUGAGAGACCAUUUUUGCUUGCAUUAAAGUCUGUACCAAUUAAAACCAGAUAUGUGA